AAGUAUCAGAAAUAUACUCUUUGCCUGUUGUAGUUUUAAUAAAACACUAUGACACUUGAGCAUACAAUACAACCUACCAGAUAUCUGCGUUGCCAGAUUGCGUGAUUUUUUUUAACUUACUAAAUGUACCGCCCUAAUCAAUGUAACAACACUGGUUUUGGCUGAUGCAUAUAGGCUAACCAAUUUUGGUGUAUGGGAUCCAGCCAUGGGGAUGUACCUGUGAAUGUAACAUCAAUGUACCAGGCUCUAUCCAACGGAUAUGGUUUUUAGUGAUUUUGAGAAUCAAUCCUAACUGAAAUGAAAUCACUUCUACUGGAGUCGCUUUUCAUUCUCUUGCUAUCAUAUCAGGUGUGUUGCAGUGUCUGGCCAAGCAACAAGCCCAAAUACACAGACUCGUAUCUGCCUCCAGCCGUGCAAAUGCUUCACGUGCAGACAGAACGUCUGAAUGACAUCCGUAGUGCAACUAGCACUACAACCGAACUCAUCACCACACCUCUUCCGGCCACAUGUCGUCCGACAUCCGACGGCCAUCCGGCAUCCGACGAGUGUCCGACGUCCUCCUACUCCGGCCCCCCGGAAGCGGCCCCCGGGCAACUCAUCGACGAACUCGAUGGGCAGAUCAACGUCACCACACCGAUUCCAGAUCUCAAUUCAAAUUCUACUCCGAUUUCCGAUCUCAAUCCCAGUUCCACUGUUAAUCUGACUAUCGUUGAUCUCAUUUCAAAUUCCACUGUCAAUCAAACUGUUGUUGAGCAUCUAGCUCUCGACUCUGGAGAAGAAGAAGAAGAAGAGGACGAGAUAGAGGAAGAAGAAGAGAAAUUAGAGGAUGAAGAAGACGUGGAGCAGGUGGAAGAAAUGGUUGACUCGAGUAAUGAGCGGGAAUCCAAUCCUAUGUCAAACAAAGAGGAAGAAGAAAAUUCAGACCUCCUAGCACCAAUUCUAGCUUUGGAAAGAUUGAGAGAUAUUUUAACGGCUGAUGCGAAACGUCAAGGAUUAUCAAAAGUUCAGGGGUAUUCAGAGGAGCUCUUGAAAACAUUGGCAAUAAGUUCAACAUAUUCUUCAAGGAACCAACUGAGGAUUGUUUUGAUACGGAUGCUAAAAAGAGGAGAUGCUGAGAGGAGGGAUUCCAUUCUCAUGACAAAGAAGAUUAUUGAAAAACUUAAAGAUCCAGAAGGCCCGUUGUCAGCAGCUUUGGGAUUGGUUCCUCCACUCAUGUUCACCUAUUCAAUUUGAUUAUUUUAUCAUACAUUACAAACACAUGCUUUUUCCACAGAAUAAAAUGCAACAAGAACUGAGUCAA